AGUCAUGGUGUUCAGUCAACUCAACUAAUAAUUAAUAUAUAACAGUCAAUAAAACAAACUUUUCUCCUUAGUGGGUAAAAUAUUCUCCGACGUCGAAAGUACCGUUUUGGUGAACAUUUUUGUAAAUUAUAAAUAUGCGCGAAAUUGUACAUCUUCAGGCUGGACAGUGCGGUAACCAGAUUGGUGCCAAGUUCUGGGAGGUGAUCUCAGACGAGCACGGUAUCGACCCCACCGGAACCUACCACGGAGAUUCGGACCUCCAACUCGAGAGAAUCAAUGUCUACUACAACGAGGCCACUGGUGGAAAAUAUGUCCCUCGUGCAGUCCUGGUGGAUCUCGAACCUGGGACCAUGGACUCCGUGAGGUCCGGACCCUUUGGUCAGAUCUUCAGACCAGACAACUUUGUCUUCGGACAGAGUGGAGCUGGUAACAACUGGGCCAAGGGUCACUACACCGAGGGUGCCGAGCUCGUGGACUCCGUUCUUGACGUUGUCAGAAAGGAGGCCGAGAGUUGUGACUGUCUCCAGGGAUUCCAACUUACACACUCUCUGGGUGGUGGCACUGGAUCCGGCAUGGGAACUUUACUCAUCAGCAAGAUUCGUGAGGAGUACCCCGACAGAAUCAUGAACACUUUCUCAGUUGUUCCCUCACCUAAGGUGUCCGACACCGUUGUAGAACCAUACAACGCCACUCUGUCAGUACAUCAACUUGUUGAAAAUACUGACGAGACAUACUGUAUUGACAACGAGGCUCUGUAUGACAUCUGCUUCAGGACGCUCAAACUGACCACGCCUACAUAUGGAGACUUGAACCAUCUCGUGUCAGCCACAAUGUCCGGUGUUACCACGUGUCUUCGUUUCCCGGGUCAGCUGAACGCCGAUCUCCGUAAACUGGCCGUCAACAUGGUUCCUUUCCCACGUCUUCACUUUUUCAUGCCAGGUUUCGCACCUCUUACAUCUCGUGGUAGCCAGCAGUACAGGGCUCUUACUGUUCCUGAGCUUACCCAACAGAUGUUCGACGCCAAAAACAUGAUGGCUGCCUGUGACCCACGUCACGGACGUUACCUCACCGUCGCCGCCAUGUUCCGUGGCCGUAUGUCUAUGAAGGAGGUCGACGAACAGAUGUUGAACGUCCAGAACAAGAACAGUAGCUACUUUGUCGAAUGGAUCCCCAACAACGUGAAGACCGCCGUCUGUGAUAUUCCGCCACGUGGUCUUAAAAUGGCCGCAACAUUCAUCGGUAAUAGCACUGCCAUCCAGGAACUGUUCAAGCGUAUCUCCGAACAGUUCACGGCUAUGUUCCGUCGUAAGGCUUUCUUGCAUUGGUACACUGGCGAGGGUAUGGACGAGAUGGAGUUCACCGAGGCGGAGUCGAACAUGAACGACUUGGUAUCAGAGUACCAGCAGUACCAGGACGCCACCGCCGAGGAGGAGGGCGAAUUUGACGAGGAAGAAGAAGAAGACGCGCAACAAGAACAACAAUAUGCAAAAUAAACAUUUGAUAUUUAGUUCACAAAAUCACCCUUUAAGAUGUGUUGUUAUCUUUUCUUGCUUUAGACCAGGAAAAAAAAACGCGCACAGUUUGGACCAGAAAAAAAUACGAGCCUAGUCUGGACAAACAAACAAACAAACAAACAAAACAAGUCUAGUUUGGACCAGAAAAAAAUAAAUGCCCAAUUUGUGUUGGAAAGUGAAUUUCUUUGCUAUAUUUUGCAAUUUUACAAUAAAAUCUAUGAAGGCCA